AGCAAGACGGAGAGAAAAAACUAAAAUAGAUUUGUGUUUUGUUUGUCUUGAAUGGUUGAAUCUAUUCAACAACCUGUUCUGGCAAUCACCAUCAUUGUCUGUUUAUGCUGCUUUUACUUAGCAGACUCACUUCUCUUCUUCUCUACCUCUCUCAAGCCUACUUUCUUCACAGUUUCUACUCUCUCUAGUGAAAACAACCAGUCUUUAUAGUGAAAAAUCGAAACUUGGGACUUUGUUUUGUUCUCUCUGUUUUGUUCUUUUUUUUUUCUGUACUGGGUGGGUCUUGAAUACAAUGACUGCAGAGGACAAAAAGGGUGUUUUGGGUGGUGAAGACAGUGGGAAGAACCGAUUCCCGGUGGGUAUGCGUGUUUUGGCUGUUGAUGAUGACCCAAUUUGCCUCAAAGUGUUGGAGAAUCUGCUUCGUAAAUGCCAUUAUAACGUUACAAUCACUAAUCAGGCCAUUACAGCGCUGAAAAUGUUGAGAGAAAACAGAAACAAGUAUGAUCUCGUUAUCAGUGAUGUUAACAUGCCAGACAUGGAUGGCUUUAAGCUCCUUGAGCUUGUGGGCCUUGAAAUGGACCUACCUGUUAUCAUGUUAUCAGCACAUAGCGAUACUGAACUUGUGAUGAAGGGGAUCACUCAUGGUGCUUGUGACUAUCUGUUGAAACCUGUUCGAAUGGAAGAGCUCAAGAACAUAUGGCAGCAUGUAAUCAGGAGAAAGAAAUUUGACUCCAAGAAUCAAAGCAAAUCCCCAAGUCAAGAGAGAAAUAGUGCUGCCACUGUAGGAAAUGGGCAUGAGGCUACAUCAUCUGGUAGUGCUGAUCAGGAUGUUAAAGUCAAUAGGAAACGAAAGGACCAAGAGGAAGAUGAUGAAGAAGAGGAUGAAGAGAAUGGAGAUGAUGACGAGGACCCUGCAACCCAGAAGAAGUCCCGGGUUGUUUGGUCUGUAGAGUUGCAUAGGAAGUUUGUUGCAGCUGUUAAUCAGCUGGGACUUCGCAAGGCGUUUCCAAAGAAGAUUCUUGAUCUGAUGAAUGUUGAAGGCCUUACGAGGGAAAAUGUGGCUAGUCAUUUGCAGAAAUAUAGGCUUUAUUUGAAGAGACUCAGCAAUGAUGUACCACAGGAAAACAUGGUUGCUGCAUUUGGGAAUAGAGAUUCCUCUUGCUUGCUUGGAAAUUAUGGUACUGUGUCCGGGAGUGGAAGAUUUUCAAACAAUAGCUUAUCUUCAUAUCCACCUAGUAACAUGCUUGGUAGAUUGAACUCUUCUACCAAUUUAAGCUUGCGUGGAAUGAAUUCUUCUAGCCUAAUCCAGCCUAGCCAAACCAUGAGAAAUUCCUUCGACAAUUUUGGAGAGCUUCAUCCAGCUGUUUUUCCACGAAACCAAAAUUCAAAUUUAUUACAAGGGAUUCCCGCUUCAUUAGAUGUCAGCCAGUUGCUGAGCAAGUCAGCAACCCACAUUGGAGAGUUUAAUCAUAAUAAUGAUCUAAGUACUUUUAGUGCUGCCUUGAGCUUUCCUAACACAAGAGUGAAUGUUGGUGGUUCAAAUAACGCCAUUCCCAGUCACUCAAGUAACCCUUUCAUGCUACAAGCAAAUGCACCACUGAGUCAAAGUACGGGAGCAUUUGGAACCCGGUCUUCUGUAAGCAUGGGCCCUUUCAAUGCGGAAUCUUUUGAUGUUGGUGUUCGCAGCUCUUCUAAUUUGCUGGAUCAUAGUGGUAGAUGUAGUGAAAGCUGGCAGGGAGGGGUUCAACUAUCCAAAUUUUCAUCAAAUAAUGAUGCAUCGCCAAGUACUAGUUUGAGGGACAAUAUGUUCUCACCUGGCUCUUUUCUUGGUAAUGGCUCAUUUGAAUUUCCUUCUUCAAGUGCCGUUACAUCAUCUUUGGGGGACUCGAGAGGAAAUCUGCAAUGCAAUUCUGGCUUGGUAGGUAACACAAUUCAGAAUAUGAAUUACACAGCAAAGUACAGGUGGGAAGAACAUGUACAGAAUUACAACAAUAAUCAAAAACAUUCAUUUGACGCCAUAAAUGGUGGUAUGGUUCCCUUGUGCCACAAUAUGGACCAAAGGAAUGCAGUCUCCAAUAAGGAGUUUGAUGCUUCUUUGAUUGGCAAAUUAAACAGCGGCACUCCACUUCACCAUACUGAAGUUGAGAAGUAUGCUCUGGACAAAAUUGAGCAAACAAAAUCCACGGACGCUUUCAUUCAAGGCAGUUAUGACUCAUUGGAUGAUAUAAUGAAUGCAAUGAUCAAACGGGACCCCAAUGAAACAAUGUUGAUGGAUGAAGAGUUCAGUUUCGACGCUUAUCCACUUGGGUCGUGUAUCUGAUGAUUAUUCAUUUCUCCGAUGAUUGGUAGAAAAGUACAGCACAGCAGCAAACAACCUAAGCAAACUCUCAUCGCGGAGGAGUUUGUAAAAUCUUGUAACCUAUUCCCUCACCCCCACCUUUUCUUUAUCCUAUUCUUAGUUAAUUUUCUUAGCCUCAUAUAUUCUCUUCUUUUUAAAUCUCAUGUCAGUAAAAGAAUUUCCUGGAUCACUUUGAUAACAGGAUGUUUAUUUCUUCUUUGCACAUUCCUUCAUUGUGACAAAAUAAAGCCCGGGAGGGAUUUCGUUUC